AUGCUACAGGGAAACAUUUUGAUAUGGAAUUGCAGAGGCAUAGUCUGCAAUGAGACACAACGAGCCCUUAUCGACUUGGUCCAGUUGAAGAAACCGAAUCUGAUUUUUUUGGCUGAAACCCUUGCGAAACCGUCUUGCAUAGACUCUAUAACAAGCCGGCUUGGCUUUGCUGGAAGUAUAUGUUAUACACACGAAGAGGGAUCCCAAGGUCUGGCUUUACUCUGGAGCAAUGGGAUUCAUGUUGAUCUGCGCACAAAAUCUCCUCAUCACAUUGAUGUUGAGGUUUGUGAACAAGGAAGCCAUGCUUCUUACCGUUUCACUGGAAUUUAUGGCUUCGCUGCACGGGGAGAACGCAAUAGAACAUGGGAUUUAAUUCGAACCCUAGCGGCUGAAAGAUGUGAUCUGGCUUGGCUCAUGGCAGGUGAUUUUAAUGAAAUCAUGUGCCAGGCUGACAAGUCCGGCGGAGUACCACGAGCUGUUGCACCCAUGGCUUCAUUUAGACAUACGAUGGUGGAUUGUGGCCUCGUUGAUAUGGGAUUCAGUGGCAGUAGGUAUACUUGGUCCAAUAAGUUUACCAAAGAACGUCUUGACAGAAGUUUUCAAUCAAUUCAAUGGAGGGAUUCUUACCCUUACAGUAGGACAAUCACACUACCACCAAAUGAGUCUGAUCAUUGCCCCAUCCUUGUUGAAGUGCGAUCUGAGCAACAUCAUUUCAGGAAAGCUAGCAGAAGAUUUAGGUUUGAAGAAAUGUGGCAUGGCAAUGAACAAUGCCAUGCCAUCAUUCAAAAGAACUAG